GUGCUCGACCAGAUGAUCUACGGCGGCUGGCGGUCCCACGCGGCCUCGGUGCCGGCGCGGCUGCCGCUGCCGUGGGCUGCUGCGUGCCUGGUGGCGCGGCCAGCCGCGGUUGGCAUCUGGCGCAUGUGCGCCGCCGUGCCGACGGUGCUGGUGGACAACGUCGACCAGUUUCCCAGUUCCACUGGGGCGGAGGAGUCCCUGGUGUUCCCGUUCAGCUACCGUGAGUGGGCCGUGGCCAUCGAGGCGGCCUGUCAGGCCGUCGGCCUGACAUGCGAGAUGACGCCUGUGCUAUACAUGCUGCGCCAAGGCGUCGCGCCCCACGACGCCGCGACAAGAGCUCGGGGCUUCAGGGACAUCCAGGAUCGAGGGAAGUGGAUGACGGACAG